CGUUUUAUUCUCCUCGUAUUUCCUCUGCCGGCUGAAGGGAGGUGUUAAACAAGCCAGACUCAAAGAGGACUGCGUGAGACAGACGCUCACUCUCACGCUGUACAGUAUGUGCGAUAUGGGGAGCUCUGUAUCUAGCUCAGACUAUCGCUGUAACGGCUGUUAAAUAACAAUGGGUCAUCUUUUUAUUUGACUGUGGAGCGGCGGCCACAUCAUAGAGCUCACCUGAAAGGGAAUGUUGAGAGGCCGCCGCGGUGUUGGAAGUUAUGGCCGGAUGGAUCGCAAGUCUUCUGGAGUUGUUUCCCUGCUGCAACUUCCCAAGAUCAUAGGUAAAAAGUCUCUAUCACCAACAUGAGUUGGAGUUUUCUCACUCGACUUCUGGAAGAAAUCCACAACCACUCCACGUUUGUGGGGAAAGUGUGGCUGACUGUGUUAAUCAUUUUCCGCAUCGUUCUGACAGCAGUUGGGGGGGAGUCUAUUUACUCGGACGAACAGACAAAGUUCACCUGCAACACUAAACAGCCUGGCUGCAACAACGUAUGCUACGAUUCCUUCGCCCCACUCUCGCACAUGCGUUUCUGGGUGUUCCAAAUCAUCAUGAUUUCCACCCCCUCUGUCAUGUACCUGGGUUAUGCCAUUCAUAAGAUCGCCCGUACCUCAGAGGAAGAGCGGCGCAAACACCAGAGACAUCAGAAGAGAAACCUUCACGGCCGGUGGAGAGAUGGACACCACCUUGAUGAGGUUUUAGAAGAGGAGGAUGAUGAUGCAGAGCCAAUGAUUUAUCAAGACGACACUUUGGAUGCACAGGAAGUCAAACCAGAUGUGGAUACGGCCAACGGCCAAAAUUCAGUGAAGCACGAUGGCCGCCGAAAGAUCGUGCAGGAAGGCUUGAUGAGGAUGUACGUGCUUCAGCUUUUAUCCCGUGCCAUCUUCGAGGUGGGAUUUCUAACGGGUCAGUAUCUCCUCUAUGGCUUCCGCGUUAACCCCUCCUACGUCUGCAGCAAGAUCCCAUGUCCGCAUCGAGUAGAUUGCUUCAUUUCACGACCCACAGAAAAGACCAUCUUUUUGCUCAUCAUGUACGUUGUGAGCUGUCUUUGUCUACUUCUUAAUGUCUGCGAGAUGUUUCAUUUGGGAAUCGGCGCCUUCCGCGACACGCUUCGUAAGCGUCGAAACCAGACCCGACAACCUUCGUAUAGCUUUCCCUACUCGAGGAACAUUCCUGCAUCUCCACCAGGUUACAACCUAGUGAUCAAAUCAGAUAAAUCGGGUCGCAUUCCCAACAGCAUCCUCGCACACGACCAAAACAGUGUGGUUCAAGAGCAACAUUGCACAAGCCCUGAUGAGAAUAUCCCAUCUGACCUGGUUAGCUUACACCACCAUUUGCGCGUAGCUCAGGAACAACUGGACAUGGCUUUUCAGACAUACAACACAAAAAACGCUCAAGCUUCCAGAACCAGCAGCCCUGUGUCUGCUGGCACAAUGACAGAGCAAAACCGAGUCAAUACAGCCCAGGAGAAACAAGGUGCUCGACCUAAAGCCAGCACUGAAAGGGUUGGGACAAUACCAAAAAAUGGAAAGACAUCCGUGUGGAUAUGAAUCCACAGUGGAAAACUAUUACUUGACUACUCAUUUGUGGACCAUCAUCUUUGGAUCACUGUUCAUAAAGCAUAUUACCCCUGCUAAACUGCUGUAGUUAGGUCCACUGUCGUUUUAAUUCCAAAGUAAUACAUAUACCAGUCUACUUCAAGAUUUUGGGUUGUGUUCAUUUCUGAAACUGUAUAAGAACUCACUUUGCAUUGCUUUACUUGUGCUCACCCAUCCCCAGAGCAUUUCUAGCUGUGCUUCAAAAUAUAUAGAUUUUUUAUAUUAAGUGUAUUGACCAGAUUGGAAAAAACACCAAAUUUGACUUUAAUUGAUCAUCAAUUUAAUGACUACAAAUGAUAGUCGUCAUUUCACUGUCACACAGUAACACACUUCUAGCCAAAAUAAACUUAAAUUUGGUAACGUCGGUUUUUGUCUAUUGAGAGAUGUAUGAUAUUCCAUCAUGUCAUGUCAUCAAAGUUAACGGUUUCAAUGUUUCAUUUAUUUAUUUAUUUUAUUCAUUAUUGGACUAUAGUAAAACGUCCGUUAAAUUUUGCCUUAUUUUAGAUGUCUGGUCUGUGUUUUGAUGAGUAUUAGACGUCUUUUACAGUAAAUGCAAAAUUGCUGGCUGGAAAUCUUAUUCAUCUACUCCACUUAAAAAGAAAGACACAAAUCAAAAAAGAAAGCCACACUGACUCUUAUUAGUGAUUAUAUUUUAGUGCCGAUGUGCACGGUACGUUUUACAUGUUGGUUGCAGUGGUCUUUCUAAGUGGUUAUGAAUAUAUCUUUAUGAUGUAUUGUUUUCUGGCCCAUGCUGCGGAACAACUAGCUGAACUUUGUAAACAGCUUAACAACUGGCAAAAUUUAUGCAAUUCAGAUUGAUUGUAUGCAAACUGAAAUGAAAGAAUCCAGAUUUCAGACCUAAACCAAAUGGGUUACAUAACUGACAUGCUGUUACACUUGACAGCUGGCUUGUUGACUGUUCCUGCAUUGUUUCAGAAGUGACAGCAGUUUCGCAAAGUUAUUUAAAAUUAAACCCAUCUCAGUGUUAAAAUAUGGUGGCCAAAAUUGUCCAUAGUUCCAUUAUAAUGCUCUGUUUAUUUUAACAUGGGAACAUUUUGAUGUUUUUUUUUUUCAUUUAGAAAGUAGCAAUGAAGAAAUGCUGCCUUAUGAGAUUUCUCACACUGCAUUGCCAUUAUGCAAAAGGAAAUUCCAGAAUGCAUAUCUAAAAAUAUUUCAUACAAGAUUGUAAAAAUCAAAUGAUGUUGAUUAUAAAUAUACUUAUCUAUAUAUGAAGAGCUCAGAUGUAGAAGCUGCUAAACACCACUAUUGUCAAAAAUUAGUUAAUGAUAUUGACCGAAAAUGCUUUAUGCAUGCAUUAUGCAUUAUGCAUCAAAUACAUUCGCUUCAAAUCCACUUAAAGGAAUAGUCUACCCUUUUGCAAUAUUAAACUAUGUUAUUACCUCAACUU